AUGAUGAUCCUCCUACUUUGCGCUGUCCUCUUCGGCGUUCCGUUUGUUCGCGCUUCACCGGUUUCACUCUCGGGUCUCAACGAUACCUGUAUCCUUCCACUCUUUUCCAGUAACUGGCAACCCUCCCCUGAUGCUAGAACCUUGUGGGUCAUUAUGUCGAGCUGUAGCUUAACCUUGUUUGCAUGCACAUGGACUGCCGUCCCUCCGGACAUUCCGCGUCUGGGUGAGGGGGUAGUUGUCAUCAUGGUUCGCCGUCUAGUCCUCAUGUUUGUUGCGUAUUUCGCCCCCGAACUCAUGGCCGCCUGGGCCGCAUGGCAACUUAUAUGUGCUCGUAAAGUUGCCAAGGACUUCAAUGAUAUUCUUUUUGCACAACGCGCCCAGCCCAACGGUGACUGUGAAGCCGCACCGCAGAGCAGCCCGGCAGUUGUGUCACCUGGUGCCAUCUCAAAUUCAAACGAAAGUUCAAGCGCAGGGUGGACAGAGACACAUGGGUUCUUCGCCGGGAUGGGUGGAUUCCUGCUCUACUUCAAUGGUAAACCGUGGGCCACUCUCACACCCGAUGAACUCCUCCAGUUUGUUCGCGAGGGAUCUGUGGAGAUGCCCGUCAUCACGAAGGCAGACAUAGAAGACCGAAGUAAGGGUGACGUGCUAUCCAGAUGUAUCACCAUUCUUCAGCUGGGAUGGUUCCUCAUCCAGAUCAUCGCCCGUUACGCCCAGCACCUCUCCACCACAUUGCUUGAAGUCGACACUCUGGCUGUAGUUUGUCUGACCAUCGCUACCUAUGGCUUACUAUGGUGGCGGAAGCCGAAGGACGUACAGCGUCCUCAUAUUGUUCAUUGGAACUCGACUGCUCCCCCGCCACGCGAAUGCUUAGCCAAUGAGUACAUUAUCAUCACUAUUCCUUGCGGAACUUGUUCUUAUUGGCCUGUAUUCUAGCAAACGACGUACCCCAAUGCUUCUGUCUAUACUCUUUAAUCGCAAGGUUCGACGAUCUAAUAACUCAGCUCGGAGUGUGACCAUAUUCAUCGCUGGAGGUGUCAGUGGGGUGAUGGUUGCAGCGAUGCAUGCCCUGGGCUGGAAUUUUGCGUUUCCGAGCCACGCGGAGCGGAUAGUGUGGCAUACAGCUUUCGUUGGGAAAGCAUGUUUGUCGUUAACGAUGUGGUCCCUCUGGUAUUUGGACGCGCAGCCAUCGGAGUACAAUGGAUUAUCGGGUAAAGCCCUAUAUUUCCUUUC